AUGCUGAGUUACAUUUCAGCCGAGGUUGGAACUAAUUCGUUUGCGGUUCUCAGACCGUCAAGACCCCUUGAAAACGUGUCGUGUACGAUGACCGAUUCAAAAGAAGCACCAUUCUUUAAUUUACCUCCACUUCCGCAACAGGGUCCAUCAACAGGUGGUACAGGAUCUCACGAGAAGAUAAACCAACCAGGAAAAAGUGCCGAAAGUGUUGGUAAGGAAGGAAAAAUGGGAAGUAAAGAACCACUUGCGGUUCCAACAAAAUCAGCCCCUAAUCUUGGAACCUUCAAAGUACUUAUUGGCUUCACUUGGGCAUUAUUUUGUGUUUGUGUGGCAGGUCUCAUAUAUGUGGUUGUUCAGUACAAAAUCGAUCGUAAUGGGCUGAGGGCUACAGUAUGA